AUGUCAAUCGAGAAACUCCCGAGUCCGUACCCCGGGUCCGAGUCACCAAGGGACGCAAUAUCGCAGGAGGGCCGGCAACUCAUGUACGAGACCUUCCAAAACUGGGCGCUGAAGACAUACGGUGACAGCGGAAAGACGAAGACGGUGACGCGCCGGAAGUACGAGCGGGUCAUGCGCAUUCUCACCGGGGAAGAGGAGCCGAGCACGGAAAACUCGAAGUUCCGGUUUUGGGUCAAAGCUAAGGGAUUCAAACUGGGCCCCGGAAGUAUUGACGGUCGGAUACAAAACGUGCUAUACGUGCCGGUGAAGUCACAGGGCGAAGCGAUCGGUCCAGGGGAGAGCACUCUGCCAGCCAGCAUUUCCCGCGAGUACAAGCGCGUGGCGAUAGUGGACGACUUCUUCGACAUCAUUUAUGGCGUGCACGUGGAAAUGGACGGCAGGGGAGGUAAACACGCCGGCCAGAAGCGGACAUAUCGAGCGAUAGCGGAGACGUACUCAUUUUUACCCCGAGAGGCAGUAACGAGGUUUCUGAUGUCGUGCUCCGACUGUCAGAAGCGAAUGCACAUCGGCGCGGACACGCCCACAAAAGCCGGCGUCAACAACAACAAUAACAACGAAGAUAAAACCCCAUCGCGCCUUAUCAGCUCUCCUAGCGGACAUCCCAAUAUCACAGACUUCAGUUUUCGGGAGUUGCUAGAUCUUAGUGACACAAUGCCGAACACGGAUAAAGAGAAAUUAAACACGGACAAGGCUGUACACGAGGUUAAGAACAGCGUGUCCAGCGUCAAAAGCGAGAUGAGUACCGAGCCUAGCUCGUCUCCGCCCCGGGAACAGCCGAGUCCGAAACCGGAAAUUAAAUCAGAUCCGCUUGCGCUUAAGAACGGAAUCCACAGCCCGGUUCCUAAACCGGAAACCCCCAAACCUUCGCUAGCGGAGGAUCUGUUCCCCAUGGGCAUUACCGGGACCCCCAACUCAUUGUCCCCGAUCCACGAGGGCAAAGGUCGGAAGCGACGUCAUAGCGACGACGACAGUCUAGAGACGUCAUCCAAGGCGAGCGAGACGGGUACAAACGACGAUUCCCUUGCCAAGGACGACGACGACAAUGACGAUGACGACGACGAGGAUAAAGUGCCGCCGGGAUCUAACAUUGAUCCGGAGAGACUGAAAGCCUUUAACAUGUUUUGCCGCCUUUUCGUGGACGAGAAUCUAGACCGAUCCGUUCCGAUCUCGAAGCAGCCGAAAGACAAAGUGCAGGCAAUUUUGGACGCUUGCGAUCGGCAGUUUCCGGAAUUUCACGAACGCGCUCGGAAACGUAUUCGAACCUACCUGAAGUCGUGUCGCCGGAAUAGAAGAUCCAAAGAGAACGGCUGGGAACCAUUGCGACCUACCCCUCCACACCUUACAUCAGCGGCUGCCGAAAGCUACCUCGCACAGGCAUGCGAAAACGAGAGCAUCAACGCCAAGCGCAUGCGCAUGGGAUUGGAACCACUUCCGGUCAUGCAAUGCCAAUCACUCAUCAUCCGCCAGUCCUCGCAGCGCCCUCUACCCGCCUGUCACAAGGGGGCGGCGUCCCCUGCCCAAUCGUCGCCGCCGCCACCGAAAUCCGAGUCCAAGGAGAGCAUGCACUCUAGAGAAUCCGGCCAGUCAGCGCUCGCCACAAAUGCGCCUGCUUCCGGCCACAUUACGGACCGCCACACGCCAGUGUCCACGUCAAAUGUAGAUUUCAUCCGCCAUCCACCUCCACCGACGGCCUUUAGACCGCCACACGAUUUCCCGCCAUUUUUCGCCAACGGAAAUAGCCUGUUCCGUCCGGGAUUUUCAGGGUACCAACAUCCGGCCCAUCAUCACCCGUCGGUACUGCACAGCCCGAUCCAGCCUUCCGGCCUACAGAACGGUCCUACAGAUCUAAGCAUGAAAAAACAAUCCUCGAAAAACCAGCUUAACCCAAGCGAAGUGGCAACAAUCAAGCAGCUUAUUUCCGGUUACAGAGAGUCGGCAGCGUUCCUGUAUCGCUCCGCGGACGAAUUGGAACAAUUGCUGCUUCAGCAAAACUGAGUUUUUGAAUGGCAACAACGUCAAAUAUAAAUUCGGAGGCAGUAAUUUCAAGAGAAAUAAUCGCAUUUCGGUUUUUGGAAUUUCACAUUGAAAUUCAUGUUUUGCGGGACUACUUUGUUAUGGGCAUGUGCAACUGCGCACGCGCGGUGAUGAAGAUGCGUGCGCAUGGGUGUAGAUAGAAGUGUUUUAUUAUAUUACUGAAGUACUAUUUUUGUUAUUGAAAUAUUUUGAAUUACAUGUUAUUGGGAAAAAAAACUAUGUUGUGCCUAAUGUAUUGUUUAGAGGUGAUUUUCUUCAAAUAUAGAUUUAUGAUAUAUUUGUGCUGUAUCCUAGAGCAACUGAGAGAUAACGGCAUGUGUGAUGUUUGUUGAAUGCGAAACUGAAUGUAAACCACUAGGUUGUAUGUUUAUAUGUUGUUGAACGGAGGGAGAUUCGUACAAAUUAGUUUCGCCGCAAUUUUAUUAACGUAUUUCCAAUCCUUAGUUUUCUAUAAAAGAGAAAAAUACAUUUACACAGUUUUAUUAUCAUCUUAUACGCAUGUAUAGAAAAGCGACUGAAUUGCUUUAACGUGUUUAUUUUAAGUGCAUGUGUAAAGCUUUGGUAACUUUUGAAUGCCAUUUAUAUGAUACAGUCAACUUGUCUACAGAUUUCCCCAAAACUAAACUGAAUUUGAUCGUUGUAUUUUACCUUAAUAAUUAAUGCCAUAUGAUAGUACGCCGUAAAUGAAAAUGCGUCCGCUCCAACGCUUGCUUUUAAUUAUUUAUAUUAAAUGUGUAACGAUUUGCCGGUUUAUUUUGCGUAAGUGGGUUUAUUCGUUAAUGAUUCUAAAUAACAUGCGAGCAUCGGUGUCAUAUGCGCUUUAGUGUUAACAUAAAGUGCUUAUACGAAAGCACUGCCAGUUAUUUAUUUUUUAAAUAAGGAAAACUGUUCUCAUAAAUGUUAUACAGGUCAUAAAAAAUCGCAUUCAAUGCAGUAUAUAUCGACACACUAACACAAAAAUACAAACAUGUUUCAAGUUUACACGCGCCAAGAUAUUUAUCGAGCAGCCUAAAUUGAAAGCCAGUUGGGAUUAUCAGCUGGUACCCUAAUCCAUUUAGUAAGAUAACGAGAAUCCGAAGACUUGUUCUGUUAUGUUCAACUUCUCGAAUUUUUAAGUGUUAUGUUUAAUUAUACUUUGUAAUUUAUUGAUUUUGUUUUAAAUAUAAGCAUGUACAUUUCGCCAUGUUUUAUUCGUUUAUAAAGCUGUGCUUACACUGUUUAUAAUAUGUAUAUGCCCAGUCUGAUUAAAGUGCAAUGACUCAAAGAAUACUGAGAUGUAAAUAAUAUUUCGUUCUUUAUGCUCAGGUUUUGUCUGACUCAUUUCAUGUAUGAUGUAUUGUAUCGUUUUUUGCGGAUUUCCCAUUUAUUGUCACGAAUGAAUCCUUAUGAUUAACUUGUUACAAAUAUGAUACCCGAUUUUAAUAGCUCUCCAAUGUCUAGUCACGCGUUUUUGACGCUUAGUCAGAUAUAGGUCAUAUACAGGUGUAUUUUAAUUAUUUGCAUUGUAUUUAUGUUAUUAUUUAUUACUUAAGGGCAAUUUAUUUUACAAAUAUUGUUCGUGCAUUUUUGCGAAUAGUCCAGCUGUUAAAAAAUAUUUACACUUGUCGAUGAAAUAUAAGUAAGAGAAGGCCUUUAAUAGUCGAACCUUAUGUUUUGGGCAAUUUAUUGUUGAAUAUAGCUAUUCGAAGACGAAUUCGAUAUUACCGUUUUAUAUUGUAUUCUUUAUAAAAUUCUUAAAACGCAAUCUCAUAUAUUUAGUGUAUUGAGUUCUACUCAUUUAAGAAAGUCGUGUUAUUUCAUAAAGUAUAUAAUAAAUUAGAAAUGAAUAUUAGUAAGAUAGUUUUAUUUUAACACCAUCCAACUCACUUCGUGUGCAAUAUACAUUGCUUCGUAUAAUUUAUUCGUGUUCUUAGUUAUGAUUUUAAAGUUGUUGUACACAUUAUAUUUACAUGUAAAUCUAUUUUCUGUACGCGGAUACUUUUCAAUGAAAAUUACGAUGUCCUUUAAAUACAUAAUUGAGUCGCGUUUGAAAAGAGGUACUCUUUUAUUAUUAUUAAAUUCUUAAGCUGGAAAUAAAAUGUUAACUCUCAUUGUUGUAGUCUUUUUAAUAAAAAAUGAAUAUUUG